AUGGCGAGCCGAAGACCGCCCGCGUCGAUCCAUGGCGUAACCGGAACGAAAUCGGAAUCCAAGGCCGGCGUAUGUCGUCUCUCAGCCCAGCCUCUAGUUUUGUUCUUCCUUCUCCUUAUUGCAAUUCCUUUUGCAUCUCCCGCGAGCGAUCCAAACGACGGAGUUGAUCCGUGUGCAACACUCGCGAAUAAACUAGAGGCGAGCGUGGCGGCGUUGGCGAAACAGAACAUCAUCGUCGAUGGGUCCGUCGGUUUCGCCACCCCUACGGAGGCGCGAAACUGCCUACGUAACUUCCGCUUCCGUGCAGACCGCGACAUCCCCGCUUUAGACACAAUCAUUAACGCGCUCGACAAUCAUUACGUGUACAAGCACCUCGCGGUAAAAUCACCCGACCCGAAGCUCCCGAGCGACGUCGAUAUCAUAACGUAUCUUAAAUCGAUUCGCGCAACGGCCGAGCAAGGCGAGGGGAUCAACAGCCUUCUGCGCUUCCACACGCUUAUCUUCCGCGCGAUCGACUCGUUGAAUGACGGCCAUACAUCCAUGACGAGCAAUUGCUUCUACGGCGUCGGGCUCUAUACUCUCCCGCUGCCGCUCGUGUCGGUGGUUGAAGACGGGGAGCAAAUCAUCCGAGUCGGAAGCAUGGAAUUGCUCCGCGGGCGCCCGGACCUUAUCGCGCGCGGGCUUUUCGGAUUCAACUUCUCCCGCUACGAAGGCAAGGGCGUUGUGACUAUAGAGGGCGAGCCGGCGCUCCCGUUUAUCGCGCGGUGGGCGGACAAGUACGUGGGGACGUUCCGCAGCGCGGGCGCGCGCUUGAACGCGGCGCUCGCGCACCGCACGGUGAAGGGGCUCGGGGAGAUUGAUGGGAGCCAGGGCGCGUUCACGGUGCGCGCGAUCCCGCCGCGGAAAGACGCGCUCGUCAUGCAAAUUCAAGUGAACUCCGCCGCUCCCGCUGAGCGGGUGGUGGUUCCGUGGAUCGCGGAUUUCCCCCGAGGCGCGUUCAGCGACAGCCGCAGUUACUGGCUCGCCUUCUGCCGGAAAGCUGGGGAAGGGGAUGACGUGGGAGGAAGCACCACGGAAGGUUCCGCCGCUGCUAACAAUGGUGGCGGUGGUGGUGGUGGCGCUGAUGCUGCUGAUGAUAUCAGUAUUGUUAGUGGGAAGGCAAGAGGUGAUAAUAACGGCGUUGCUAAUAACGGUGGUGAUAGUAACGGGGGUGACAAGCUGGCGAAGGAAAAGGGGGAGUUGGGGAUCAGCAAGGCGGGUGGCCUUCGAGGAUUUUCCAUAGCAGUAGGGUCAGGAGGGCAAAAAAAGCGAGUUCCUUUAGCGGAUGCGACUGUAGUGGGGAUGCUGGCGCCUAGGAGGGAUCUGGACCCUCCGCCCCUGAGGGUGAGGGAGGUGGGGGUGGUGGAGGAGGAAGGAGGAAGUAGGGAAGGACUUAACCCUGUAGCUGAUGGUACCGCGGCUGCUGGUGGUGCCGGGGGCUCGACUGUGGGUGACGCCGCUGCUGGGGGAGGUGCAAUUGGGGCGGGUGCGACUGCGGUCGCCCCUGCCGCCGCCCCGCAGCAGACAGUGCGGCUGUCAGCGGAGGGCGAUCUCUUCCCCGUGCUGCUGCUGCCGGAUGAAACGGCGGUGGUAUGGCUACACACGUUCAGCACCAAGGGGCUUGACAUCUCGGCUACGGGGCUUACUCCUUCACAGUAUCUCUACGCCGAAUCCAUGCGCGCCCUCAGCCUUGCCACGAGGCGUGGCAAGCGCAUUGUGCUGGACGUGCGGGGGAACAGCGGAGGCAUUAUCCAGACCGCCUAUGGAGUGGUGAGGGCGCUGGUCGGGCCUGCUAAAACUCCCCCCGGGCAGCUGCAGAUGCCGCAGCAGCUGAUGAUUGGAAACGAGUACACUGCGCGACUCAUUAAAAGCAGCGCCACUUUCUUUUAUAACGCGUCGAAUUACUGCAACGUGGCGGAGACUGCGGGAUUGAAAGGACCAGCUGAUUUCGGGCCGUUUCAGGAGAUACAGUAUACGGAGGACGGGCAGCCUGGAAAUUAUUCUGCCCGGGUGAAGCUGACGGAGAUGCUGACGCUAUACGACCAAUCGGAUGAUUUCAGCGGGCUGCCCAUGGUGGUGGUUUCCGAUGGAACCUGCUUCUCUGCCUGCGCGGUUUUGACUCACAUGUUAAAACGGAAAUUCAACGUCCCGAUGGUGACUGUUGGAGGGCUCAGGGACCAGCCAAUUGCAGUGAGCUCGUCGUGCCUAGGUGGCACGCUCGGGUCGCUCGACGACGGAAUCUCGCUGCCACUUGUCGGCACGCCAUUGGCCAACGAUCCCCGAGCUACCAAGCCAUUUAGAAUGCAGAUCGACCUGGCGUUUGCCAUGCUGCAGGCGUACGGGUCUGAGAAAGCCGACAGUCAAGGAGUGGGUGGAGGGUCUGCCAGUCAAGAAAUUCCAUGUGAGUUUGAUUUCUUGGAAGCGGAUGCGCAUAUCGAUUUGACAAUGGAGAUGGUGGACUAUCCCAAGUGUGUGAUUUUGCUAGCGUUUGACGUGAAAAUGGAUAUGAAGAAGCUCGCCAUGGAGCAUGCCGCUCAGAUGUGUCCUUUCCUCCGAAACGUGUCGCUUUCCUCGUCCUCCGCUCCGCUUUCAUCUCCCCUCUCCCACUCGCUCGGGGACCUCUGUCCCGCUUCCGCCGCGCUCCCCGGAAAGAAGCCCAUCUUCGAGGAAACUUCGUCCUCUUUCGAGGUCGCUUUCAGGCUCUUUCACGGCGAAACGGGAGUUGUCCCUCUCGCGAAGUCUUCCAACAUCGUCUCUGUUAAGUCAGGCGAAAGCAACGAUGGCCAGAUCAGCCAGUCGCUUUCCGUCAUUCCCGCGCUCCAUGCUUCCGGGAUUACCGCCGAGAAGAAGUCAUCACAGAGCAUUUCAACCGCGAAGGACACCACUAACGCCUUUUCCAUGAUGGGUUAUGAGACAGCAGAAGAGCAGGAUCAGGACGUUUGUCCGUACGCUGCGACGUUCGCAGGCGGUCUGGGUGCGUCAGCGGCGACGAUCAGCCUGUCGGUGUUCGGCCCAUCCGGACCGUUCAGUUAUGAUUCUUUCCGAUCGCGUGGGGAGAACAGCAAGGAGCAGCAGAGACGGAAGGAGCAGGAGGAGAAGAGGCGUCGCGAGGAGGAAGCUUCAAAGGAACGAGAGUCUGUCCACGAAGCCGAAGGCGAAGAAUGGCUCACGACGGGUAACUGUCCGAUCGCGAAGUCCUACCGAGCGUUUUCGCGAGUGGUGCCGCUCAUCGCAGCGGCGAUCCGUCCCCCGGCCGGCAUCCAAUAUCGCUGCCCGGCUCCCAUCAUCGCAUUGCGCGCAGCCGUCGCCAAGACUCCCGCUAUGAAAGCCCUCCGGCCGCAGGCCCUCCCGAUAAGAACACUCGCUAUAGGCACGAUCGGCAUGAUGCUCAACAUCCCGCUGGGAGUUUGGCGAGAGCAUUGCGAAAAGUUUUCUCCACAGUGGAUCAUCGCCGUGCACGCGUCCGUUCCGCUGGUCGCCGUGCUGCGAAAGGCCGCGCUUAUGCCGAAAUACGCCAUGGCCUUCACUAUAGCGGCAUCCGUUAUUGGCCAGGCGAUCGGAGCGAGGGUGGAGCGGAGACGUCUGAAAAAGCUCAAGGAAGGUGCGGAGGGUGCUGAGCUGGCAGACACCGUUUCCGGUGGCAGCAUUGCAACCACCAGCAGCAGCAGCUUCAAGUCUGCUGCCCUUCCAAGACUCCCUCAGCGCUCUGUCAUGCUUUCCAAGGCACGCAGCGAGUCCCGAGCUGUUCGUGUAGGGGCAGCUGCUGCAGGGGCAGGUUCUUGCAAGGCCGCUGCUGGUAAGGAGGCCGUAAGUGCGCUUGUAAGCUCCAUGGCUGUUGGCGCUGGUGGUGGAGCGAGUGCUAGCAGCCCACUGAAGGUUGCUGCUGCUGCGCAUUGA